UUAGGUUCUACUGACCGUUUGCUUUAAUCCAUCGCGAACCUUCCGUGGGGUAAGAUUGAAGUUGAAGCUGUAGUGACCCCAUUUCUUUACGAUAUUACACCAUGGAGCGUCUCAAGUGGUGCAUUUUGGUUGGGCUGGCUUUCGUGUGCCAGUUUGGGCUAGCUCCCGGUCAGGAGGGUGUAAAGACCGCGUGGCGCAAAGGCGGUGGCGUUCAGGUUGCUUCUCACGAUGUUACGAUCGCGAAUCAAAGUUUUGUGGAGAUGGCCGAGCCAGGUCGACAGACGAACACGACCGUGAUGAGUCUGCAACGAUCGAACGAAUCGAUGAGUGCCCUGGAUCGCUUUAUGAACAAAACGAAGGGACACAUUCCUGCGGGAGUAUGCUUCGAGGAGGUGCCUACGGUUUCCCUGUUGAAGUAUAACCCUCGCGGAGAUGUGCCAGCGGGUAAUGGGUCCAAUCCUUCUCUCAGUCGGAUUCAAGUUUGCUGCCCCGGAUAUGAGCGUAAUGUGCACAACUUCCGCAAGUGUGAGCCCGUGUGUGAGGAUCCGUGUCUGAACGGGCUGUGUGUGGGACCGAACACCUGCGAAUGCUAUCCGGACUUUGUACGGAACGGCCAAGGUCGAUGUGUACCGACCUGUCCGAUCGGGUGCGAUCAUGGCGAGUGUGUGGUUGGAACGGGUGAGUGUCGCUGUAAGGAAGGCUAUGAGUUGGAUCCGACGACGAAGAAAUUCUGUGUGCCGCACUGCACUGGAGGAUGUGGCGUGGGUCGCUGUGUGGAUGUGGAGCGAUGCGAGUGUGGCGAGGGAUAUAAGUUCGAUCCGAAGCUCAAGUGUGCACCACACUGUGAGGGUGGAUGUUUGAAUGGACACUGUGUUGAACCGGGUGUUUGCAGGUGUGAGGCGGGCUAUGAGAUGUCGGAAAUGGGAUGUGAGCCAAUCUGCUCAAAUGGUUGCUUCCACGGUGUUUGUACCGCGCCGGAAACGUGCUCCUGUAAGCCUGGGUAUCAAAAGGUCGGUGAUCAAUGCUCUGCUACUUGUGAUCGUCCCUGUCUGAACGGAGAAUGCACUGGACCGAAUGUUUGCAGCUGCAAUCGUGGCUACAUCCUUGACGAGGCCAAUUCCUUCCAUUGUAUUGCGCACUGUCCCAACGGAUGUCCGAACGGUGUCUGCUCUGGCCCAAACAUGUGCCUCUGCAAUGCAGGAUACGUCAAGGAUCGUUCGCUCAAAGGAAGUCAAGCAUGCAUCAAGCGCUUCGACGGAGUUAAAUCAUAACCAGCGGCAGUCAGGGAGCCGAUAACGAGCCUAUGCAUUCGUUUGCGUAGAGAGCUCUUCACCAUUGGCGGGUGCGCACGCUUUGCAUUGCAGUGCGGCGGCGUGUUGCUGAUUUUGAUAGCGCUUAUCGCACUCAGGAUGCAAAAAAAACACAUCAACAUGAAUGGUGAACAUUAACACGAUUGUAACGCGAAACGGGGGGCAGUGGAUGUGGAUGCAAAAUAAAUGAAAGCCAAUUCAACUAA